ACGGUUAUGCCCCGUAAUGCAUCUGAUUGGUGCAGAGGCUAUCAGAGUGGGUCUUUGCCGUUGUUUCCAGAAAGAAAGAUUGUCGCCAUCGGGUGUCCGAGGCAUUGAGAACAUUAUCUUUAAAAGCUUUCCCGCGCCUACGACCUGGUUGCUUCUUCGUUGUUACUCCCUUCGAUCUUACUGCCUUUGUGCAAACGCCAAUUGACCUCAGAGGCAAAUUGAGCUUAUCAACACACACCUCUCGACUUGUAGCACAAUGGCAUCUGCCUCACGAAGCUUCUCCCGCGCCCUGCGCACCGCCGCUCCCUCGUUCCGUACCACCUCAACCCGCUCCUCUGCCCGCUUCGUCGCACCCACACAGAACGCCUUCCGCAGCCAGCAACGCGGAUACGCUUCUCAGCAGGAAGGACCAGACAAGCACGAAGGCAACCCAACUGGCCUAGCCUGGGGUGCUGGUGCCCUCCUCGUUGGUGCUGGUGUAUACAGCCUGUACACAUACAAACCCGAAUUGUUUGGUCAGACCAGCAGCAGGAAGAUCUUCACACCUAGGUUCGAGGACUACCAGAAGGUCUACGAUCAUAUCGCAAAGAGGCUCGAGGAGCACGACGACUACGACGAUGGCAGCUACGGACCUGUACUGCUGCGUCUGGCAUGGCACGCUUCGGGAACCUUCGACAAGUUGACCGGAACUGGUGGCUCCAACGGUGCUACUAUGCGCUUCGCUCCCGAAGGCGACCACGGCGCCAAUGCUGGUCUCAAGGCUGCCCGCGACUUCCUUGAGCCCGUCAAGGAGGCUUUCCCGUGGAUCACAUACUCCGACCUGUGGAUUCUUGCUGGUGUCUGCGCCAUCCAGGAGAUGCAGGGUCCCAAGAUUCCAUACCGAGCUGGACGCUCCGACCGCGACGUCUCCUACUGCACGCCCGACGGUCGUCUGCCCGACGCAAGCAAGGACGCUAGCCACAUUCGCGCCAUCUUCGGCCGCAUGGGCUUCGAUGACCGCGCCAUGGUCGCCCUCUCUGGUGCACACGCCCUAGGCCGUUGCCACACCGACCGCUCUGGCUUUGACGGCCCCUGGACCUUCUCCCCUACUACCCUGACCAACGACUACUACAAGCUCCUGGUUGAGGAGAAGUGGUCAUGGAAGAAGUGGAACGGUCCCAAGCAGUUUGAAGACGUCAAGACUAAGAGCUUGAUGAUGUUGCCGACUGACAUGGAGCUUGUCAAGGACAAAAGCUUCAGGAAGUACACUGAUUUGUACGCAAAGGACAACGACGCUUUCUUCAAGGACUUCUCUGAAAGCGUAAUGACGCUGUUCGAGCUUGGUGUACCAUUCCAACAACCUGAGGAUCAGCGAUACGUCUUCAAGAGCUCUUUCGACUAAGUUUGUACAAGAGAGUGCGAGGGAAGAUUGGGGUUUAACUUUGAGCCAGAGAUAUCCAUCUAGAUUAUUAGACCGUUGCUUUUCUUAGGCAGCAUGUGCUAGAUCACUUUCGGAGAUUACUUGUUUAAUAGUCCGCAUUGUAGACUUUUGAGCAUACAGCACAAGAACAAGAUUUUUGAAACGUUAUACACAUGUACUGAGUUCUC